GAGGAGAGUGGGACAAUCGACAGUGCAGCGCUCAGCAAGGUGGCCUGUGCGCGUGCGCAGUGAGCGUGCGCUCAGAGCGAUCCAUUGGUCGGACACGCGCCUCCAUUUUUCUAGGAGGGAGCGGGAGGAGGAGAACCGGAUCCGCGGGCCUGGGUCCGGUUCUUCCUGUCUUGCCCUCGGGCCUCAAGGUCCUCACUUGCGAAUUGGACAGAUGAGGCUUCCAGCCCCGCGAGCCCAGGUCCUGUGACAGUCGAAACGUGAGGGCUCGACCACUUUGGUUGUCGGGCCGGGGAUCGAACCUUCGCAGUUCUUGCCAACUUGCUCAGGCUGGACUCAAACUUGCUAUCCUCCUCCCUCGGCUGAGAUUGCAGACAUCUGCUGCUGGGCCUAGUUUGCAGUUUACCUUUGGAUCUCUCCAAAGUGUUUGACUUGGCUCACAGGGAAACUACCCUCUCCAAGAUGUACAGAACCAAAGUGGGCUUGAAGGACCGACAGCAGCUCUACAAGCUCAUCAUUAGCCAGCUGCUCUACGAUGGCUAUAUCAGCAUUGCUAAUGGACUCAUCAAUGAAAUCAAACCUCAGUCUGUCUGUGCACCUUCUGAGCAGCUCCUGCAUCUCAUCAAACUCGGAAUGGAAAAUGACGACACUGCAGUUCAGUAUGCCAUUGGUCGCUCAGAUACAGUUGCCCCUGGCACGGGGAUUGACUUAGAAUUUGAUGCGGAUGUCCAGACCAUGUCCCCAGAGGCUUCUGAGUAUGAAACCUGCUAUGUCACCUCCCAUAAAGGACCGUGCCGCGUAGCCACGUACAGCAGAGAUGGGCAGUUAAUAGCUACUGGCUCUGCUGAUGCUUCUAUAAAGAUUCUUGACACAGAAAGAAUGUUGGCCAAAAGUGCCAUGCCAAUAGAGGUCAUGAUGAAUGAGACUGCACAACAGAACAUGGAAAACCACCCAGUGAUUCGAACUCUGUACGACCAUGUGGAUGAAGUCACAUGCCUUGCUUUCCACCCAACAGAACAGAUCCUGGCCUCUGGUUCCAGGGAUUAUACUCUUAAAUUAUUUGAUUACUCCAAACCAUCUGCAAAAAGAGCCUUCAAAUAUAUUCAGGAAGCGGAAAUGUUACGCUCCAUCUCUUUCCACCCUUCUGGAGACUUUAUACUUGUUGGCACUCAGCACCCCACUCUGCGCCUUUACGAUAUCAACACCUUUCAGUGUUUUGUCUCUUGUAAUCCUCAAGAUCAACACACCGAUGCUAUAUGUUCUGUGAAUUACAAUCCCAGUGCCAACAUGUACGUAACGGGUAGCAAGGACGGCUGCAUCAAAUUAUGGGAUGGCGUUUCAAAUCGAUGCAUCACAACUUUUGAGAAAGCACACGACGGUGCUGAAGUCUGUUCUGCCAUUUUUUCCAAAAAUUCUAAAUAUAUUCUGUCCAGUGGAAAAGACUCGGUAGCUAAACUGUGGGAGAUAUCAACAGGACGAACACUGGUCAGGUACACAGGUGCAGGUCUGAGCGGACGGCAGGUGCACCGGACGCAGGCCGUCUUUAACCACACCGAGGACUAUGUGCUGCUGCCUGACGAAAGGACAAUCAGCCUCUGCUGCUGGGACUCGAGGACAGCGGAGCGGAGAAACCUCCUCUCCCUGGGGCACAACAACAUCGUGCGCUGCAUAGUGCACUCCCCCACCAACCCUGGCUUCAUGACGUGCAGCGACGACUUCCGAGCUCGGUUCUGGUACCGGAGGUCCACCACCGACUGAGCCGCUCUCUGUGCUGUCCCCAGCGGCAGUGGGAGGUCCUUGCACCAUCUGACAGUUGUGCGCCAUCUCUGUCUGCAUCCUCGGAUUGUACAAAAGAACCUUUUUUUACCUUGAUGUAGAAUCAUGGUGGAAAAAGUAGGAAACACAUCUGUGCGGUUCUGCAUUCACUGAUUAUUACAGUGUGAUUUUUACCGGUUUUUUAAAAUACAGGGCUUGCCAUUUCUUUUGACUCUUGAUCACUUGGCAAAAGAAUAUUAAAGUGCAUUCUAGAUCUCAAGUGAAUUCGUGAGUAACUUUGAUUUGGUUCUUUCGACAACUUUCAUGCCUGUUUUGCUAUAUUCUCUGUAUAUUAACUUUUCAAAUACAGUUUUGGUAGAUUUGCCUGCGACUGUGAGAAUCUGGAGUUGUAUGCCACAUUAAACUGUUAUCUGAGAAUUGCUCAGCUCAACACUAAAAUACCAUCAUUCUGCUAAUAAAGCUCAGAUCUGCACCAUUAGUGUUAUAUAUUUCUCAGUUCAAUAAAAUGAAUGGCCGGUUUUUCUUGAAGAUGUGUAGGAGCUGUAUCUGUCAUCGUACCUCGCAAUCCCUUCCGCACCCACCAGAGCUUAUCCUUAGUAAAUGUAUUUCUAAUAAGAUGAUUACAAUUGGAUGAGAGACAAGAAUAUGUUCAAACUAAACACAGGGGCGCCUGCAGUUGCCUACCUUCAUGAAGAUUAGUACCGGUUGCCUUUGUUCUUACAUCAUUUUAAAUCUUUUCAGCUCCCUUCAGCAUGACUAACAUUAUCCCAAAUGCGUGUGGAGCUACGUUCCCAGUAGAGCAGUGCAGUUAACCUUCGGAUGAAAGUUCUUUUUCUUGAAAUUCUUUAGAAAGUGAUGCUAUUUCUCUGGAUUCAGUUCUUUCUAGGUGAGAGAAGCCUGCAUUCCUGUCUUAGAUUUAUCCUAGAAAAUAAGUACCUUGUGACCAGGUACUGUAAUCCUGGACCAUUUGAUAAAAAUGCUGUAGGUUAAUGUAAAAACAGUUGCUUGUAAGGGAAUCUGCUGUGCUCAUCUUCAUUUUAACUCCUUGGUCUGAAAAGUCCUAUUAAGCAUCUUGGCAUGUUAGAGGACGUCAGCAGGGUCCACAGAACUAUCUUUGGUCCGUGGCAAGCAUGUGUUUACGGUUUUAUUUUGCAUCCUGAUUCUCCAGUAUGUAGUAUUGGAACUUGGCCAUCUAUGGAUGCCAUUUGCAUGAAAUUAAAAGAAAUCUGCUGUGCAGGAACAAAGAUAACCGGUUCUACCAAAAAAAUUAUCAAGCAAAACUCCCCACUUCCCUUCACCCCUUACGCAUUGUUUUCGAAGUGUGAAACUGUAAAGCAGAUGUACAUCUCGGCAGUCCCAUAUAGCUUGUGUUCAGAAGUAACCACGCUGAGCUCCUGCUGCAGGUUCCAUUGGGUCAUCUUGAGUUGUUCAUAAAAUAGUAAAGCCUACAGCUGAAAAUAACAGCAACAAUAAUAAUAAAGCCUGCUCUUCACAGUUAGAACUAGUCCUAGCAAUAACUGUAAUUCCAGGACUUAACAUUUAAAGAUACUCUGUGUGUUUCUAAAAUAGUUUUUUCUUUUUUGUGUUUGUUUUCCUUUUAAAAGUCCCAUUAAUGUUUGAGCUGAUGUAAAUGCCAAGAAUAUGGACUUGGUGUCCUUACCUUAAUAAUUGUACCGUGUAACACUCUAGCAUUCAAAUGAAUAAGAUCCUAUCUGAAUGAAAACUUACAUGUUAUUUUUAAAGUACGUGAUUUCUAAAAUAAACUUUUUGUACGUAA